GUAUAAAUCUGCAUGCAUUGUAUAAAGCAAUAAUGAAACCAAUCGGUAGAUGUGUGUCUAUAUUUGCACUGCAUCUAAUGGUAUCAAGCGUCCAGUCUUCGGUGACUAAAGUACUCAAUAUCUCACCUCAAAAGGGUAGCAGAAACGGAGGGACCAGGAUCACAGUGAAAGGCGUCAAUUUCUCCAAAAGCUAUUUUAGUUUUGGCCAAGGGAACGAGAAUCUCGGAAGUAAAGUUUGGCUGACGUCUCUGACAAGUUACCCGUGCGAUAUUCAUCCUGAUGGAUCUCACCAGUCGCAGAUCACAUGUUACACGGUUCCUAUGCCUGUAGGGAAGUACACCAUCAAAGUGUCUGUGGAUGGAGUGGAUGUCAUGGAGACUGACUACUGCCCUUUAACAACGGACUGUCAAUUCACAGUAACAGAUGCGAACACGCCAACAAUAGACAUGAUCAGGCCAGCAUCGGGAUUACCCGGGGCCUUCCUUGAGGUGAGUGGUACACUGGUCACUACAAGAUAUGCUGCUAAUGAGCCCAAUGAAACACAAACGUUAAUUCUCAGAGUAUACUUUGGAGGUCAGAAAUGUGAAUUAAGAGAUUUUGAGAAGGACUCAAUGUAUGGAAUCUCUGUGGACGUCCAUGGCAAAGGUUAUUUCAAGUGUAAAACUGAAGGAACAUACAUAGGUAAUCACAACAUCAGCUUCCUGAUUAACAAUAACUAUGGCAGAUCUUUGCCAUCUCCUGCCUUAAAGCAAGUUCAUCGUAAUGGUAUUGGAAUGUAUCAGACAUUCACAGAGAUCAAUGGCCUGUCAGUGUCUAAAGGCAGUCGAGCAGGAGGAACUCAGUUGAAAAUCACAGGCAAAUACUUUGACGAGACGGAUUCACCUGUAGAAGUUUACGUUGGAGACAAACCUUGCAAAGUUCUGAGUCCUAUUAACGACACUGAAAUCACUUGUGUUACACCAGAAGAAUCAAAUGUCCUUUCCCAUUUCUCAGGUAAUCGUGGAAUGUUUGUGUUUCUACAAAAGGGAAUAACUGAUCCAUUUCAUCUUGACAAGAACGAGGCUACAGUGGAGCACAUAGAUGAAAGUACCUGGUCAGCUACUGAUACUGGACCACACGCCAUACAGAUGGUGGGGUACUUUGUACCUGCUUACACUGGCCAUUACAGUUUUUGUCUAAAAGCUGCUGCAAGAGCUUAUCUGUAUUUGAGUCUGAGUUCAAACCCAAAUGACAAGACUGUAUUUUUUAAUGGAAGCGUCACAAUGUGUACUAUAGAAACCUCAAAUACCGUCAGGCUAGAAGCUGAUAGAAAGUAUUAUAUGGAAGUCUAUUAUGGGGCAUCCACAUUUGCAUCGUAUGUGACUGUAGCUACAAUUCUCUCGGAGUCUCCGUACUCGCAGGAAAUGACAGGUCUGGCGGAGCAUGAAAAACAAGAGAUCACAAUAACAUCGGCCACUUUACAGGAAGUUCAGGCAUUACAUAUCUCAAGUAGUGGAAAUCCUGGAACUAUUUCUCCAGACGUACAGAUGAUUACUAUAGAAGGAAGUACUUUGGAUUGCUCGUUUGUACUCGGUCUUAAUGGAGCUUACACGGUGCCAAUAAGAAUCAUCGGUAUGACGUCAUCGUCUGUUCAGAAGGAGAUCAAGACGCUACCAAGCGUAUCAUUUCCUGUCAGUGUGGCCGUCAACUUUGGCUCCAGCAGUGUUGUUCUGACCUUAACCUCGUCGUCUCCCGAAGGGGAUAUAAAUCUCUUUGAUGCUCUUGAGAUUGGAAAGGACAAACAUUUGAGUUUCAGCGUAAAAAAACUGAGCAGAGGAAGACCAACGCUGGGCUCGUAUACUUUAGAGUUGGCGGGCGUCAAAACAUCACCCAUAGAUGUUAAAGCUGAUAAACUUAAGCUCCAACAAUCACUACUGCAACUCUUUAGUGUUCGAUGUCACCCCAUAUUCUACGGUGGUUUGUUUGUGAUGAGCUUCGAAACCGUGGCAUCCUAUGCCGUGUCUGAUGUUGAACCUUUUUGUGGCCGUUAUUCAUCUAAAAAUUUCGCCAACGUUAUUAAAAGAACUUGGAUCAAUGGCAUACGCAUUUCAUUAAUUAACAGCAAAUAUAUGUGCUUCGCCUACAAAGGGUCAGGGAUGAUUGAGUUGGUCAAAGUACAGUAUGGCUUCAACGAUGUCAACUCUCAGAUCAAAACGAUUUUUGCAACUUUUCAUGUUUCGAAUGACACACCAGAUGAAUGGAGCUAUUGGUGUGAGGAUGUUGUUGGUUUGUUUAAAUCAGUUGUGGCUAAAGGAUUUGCUCCUAGGAUAUUAAAUGUCUGGAUAUCCACAAAGAAUGCUGCAGACCUGUACGUUGAUGAGGUGUUGUUUACCAAAAACUCGGUGCUGGAAACAAUUGCUGGUAACUUCAAAUUGUUGCGAAUGUCUCAGGCCCGGCUUAAUGGAACCUUCAUUGAUGCCGUCACUGUUCAAGGGAACUUCCCAUCAUUUAACAUUAUAUUAAAACCUCAUCACUGUGGCCAAAACAUUCCUCUCUUGGGGGUCGCAUAUGCCUCAUUCCAAGAUAAUGCGUAUGUCGUCACAAAUGAAGGCUCACUUACAAUCAAAAUUACGAGCUCAGUUAAAGCCUCUCCACCUAUUGAAGGAACCUUUAGUAUUCGUUUCAAGGGAGAAGAUUCAGGCCCUAUUGCAAUUGACUCAAGUGUACGACCUGACAAUCUAUACAGUGCACUUAGCUCUAUGUCUAUUGGUGUUAGCAAAGUUGAAGCAUUAGGUAUUUGUUCCUACAGAAAGUUUGUAGUGACUAUGAUAUCUUUACUUGGUAACCAACCAGUCAUGGAGAUAGAUAGUAGUCACCUGACAGGUCUAAAUGUGUUAUGUAAUGUAAAAACAAUCAAAGAUGGAGGUCUCAGGUUUGAACCAAUCACAGGAGAUUUUUUGCGUUCCUAUCAUACUACACCCCAAGUAUUUGCAUUGAUCAAUAAUGUGCCUACAAAAUGUGCAGCCACUAGUUCAUGCACAUUUGAAUGGGAGCCUGCUAGCACACCAAGCAUUACAGAAAUACAGCCAACUUCAGGUAGUCCGGGAACUUUCCUUGAAAUUAUAGGCACUGGUUUUGAUGUGAUAGCAAGCAAUAAUGAGGUGCAGGUUGGCAAUUCAACAUGUUCCAUGCAAACAUCAACUGAAUCUAAAAUAACCUGUGUUGUAGGGAGUGGUUCUGCUGGUAGUGUUCAAGUCAGUGUUUCAGUCAAAGGGAAAGGCCUUGCCAUUAGACCAGCUCUAUUCACAUACACAGAAACUAUCCUGUCCAUGUUACCCUUAUCUGGUAGUGCUGGAGGUGGUACAUUGUUAACAAUUACUGGCAAUGGCUUCAUUAACAGUGACGAAAUAAAAAUUGAUGGUAAUGAAUGUACGAUUCAAAGUCUGUCAGCAACACAAGUUACAUGUAGGACUCCCUCUCCCAAUUCUUUCCCUGAAACUUCUAAAUCAGUGAAUGUAGAAUUAGUGUCAGCCAGCAACACAAGAGUCAUUGGUAGUUUUACUUACAACCCAGAUGUUUCCUUUACUCCAACAGUUUCAUCCAUUUCCACAUUUGAAACAACUACCUGGGGUAAAAAACGUUUUACUAUCAGUGGUAAAGGUUUUGGAAAUAUUGAGAUGCCAGUCAUGAUUGGCAACAUCAGAUCAACUAUUUUAAGUUACUAUGACACUGCAAUUGUUGCUAUCUUACCAUCACUUCCAGAGAACACAUACAAACUUAUUAUUGAUGUUGCUGAAAAAGGCUAUGCUGAUCUACGAAAAUACAGCAUCCCUGACAUCAAGUACACUUUUAAUGUGUUGAGUCUGAGUCCAAACUUUGGUUCACUGUAUGGUGGCACAGAUCUUGUCAUUACUGGCAAUGGCUUUAGUUUAAAUAGCUCACAGAUGUCUGUUGCUGUUGGAACACAUCAGUGUAACAUCAUAGACCUGACAGACACAUCUAUCAAAUGUAGAAUUGAAGACACUGGAAAGUAUCAUACUGUCUCAGCUACUGGGAUACACAAACUUUUAGGUUAUGGGUACGCCUGGGAUAAAGAUCCUAUCACAAUCCAAGUAGGUGACUAUAUUACAUGGACCUGGCAGACACCUCAGUAUGUCUCUGAUAUAGCUUACAGUAUUCAGCAGACUGCCACUGCAUUUGAUGCAGAAUCUCUGCCAGAUGGAUUCUCUUCUGGAAACAAGUCUCGUAGAGGCACAUUCACCCAUCAAUUCACUGCAGCUGGAACUUAUUAUUACUGGACAGGCUACAUGGAUAAUAAUCAAACUAUUUACUUUAGAGGCAAAGUUACAGUUUCUGAACUUCAAUCUUAUUCUGCUGAGCUUUCUGUUCAAGUGUUAGGAGUUGAAGCCAAAUACACUAACAAUAAAGUUGAUCAAAGUGGAAGUGCUUCAGAACAAAAUGAAAACACAGUUUGUAAAGAUUCCACAUCCUUGACAGACUCCUGUCUUCAUGGCAUUACCUUAAUGCUCUCUCCAAAUAAGUUUUAUUUUCACUUUUUCAAAUGUUUUUCUCCUUUCUUUGUGUCCACUAGCAAUAAUAAUGGAUCAUUUUCAGAUGUUAUUGCAAUAACAGGAAGUGGCUUUGGAGAGAGUCUAUGCCAAAAUGAAGUGUUCUAUGCAUCUCAACCAUGUUCUAUACAGUCUGUUGAUUCAACAAAAAUAGAGUUUACUAUUAGUUCAUCCAGCAGUCCACCAAUUGGAAUGAGCCAUCCUUUUCAAGUGAGAAUUAAAAACUAUGGGUAUGCACUAUUUACUCAUUCCCUUCCAAGGAAGAAUAGGUUUGUUUUAUGGCCUAAAGUAAGCCAUAUUUCACCAACAGAAGGCUCCAAAGUAGGCGGAACAAUAAUUACUGUUGUAGGUGCAGGCUUCGUUGGCAAUCCUCAAUUAAUUUCUGUGCAGUUUGAUAGCUUAUCCUGUGUUGUUAAAUCGGUCAAUUAUAACAAAAUUAUUUGUGAGACACGUUGUGGAUUGAGCUGUAAUGCUGGUGUUCAGAAAAUCCAAGUCUAUAUACCAGGGCAUGAUGGGAUGAUUACAGCUGAAUGUACAGGCAUACAGUGUUCUUUGUUUACCACAGAGUCAUUUACAGCACUGGUGACCAGUGUUGUACCAGAAAUUGUUGAUUCAGAUUCAACUACAUUGAAAGUGUCUGGCAACCACUUUUUAUCAUCAUCCACAAGUUUGGCUGUCUACAUAGGUGAACAGCACUGCUCAGUUAUUGGAGAAAUAACAAACACAGACUUUGCUUGUAUCAUUGGCAGACUUCCUGUAGGACCAAAUGAAAUCAAGGUGUAUGCUGGUACCUAUGGUCUAGCUUUUACCACAAAGAAAGUAACUAGUAAGGCAGUUGCUACUAUAACUAUCCCUGUCAGUGCUAGCAUAUAUGGUGGAGCAAUGAUGGUAAUUGAUGGCAAUGGUUUUACCCAGCAAACCUCAGUCAAAGUGGACUCUACAGUUUGUAGUAUAGUCAAAACUUCAUUGUCUCAGGUGAAAUGUAUACUGCCAGCUCAUGCUGAAGGUUCUAUACCAGUAUCUAUAAUCUCUAAUAAUGUCCAAUAUAGUCCAUUGAGUUUAAGUUACAGCCAGACAUCUACACCAAAAGUAACUAGCAUAAGUCCAGACAGUGGACAGAGUAACACAGAGAUCACAAUAACAGGAACUGGAUUUGACUCGCCAGCUGUUGGAGCAACUCCAGAAGUGAAGAUUGGUGGUGUUGCUUGUACCAAUCUCAGAGACACAAGUGCUACAUCCAUCACUUGUACCACUGGACCACAUAAUACUGGAGUCUUUGUUGUACAAGUAUUUGUGGAACAGAAAGGAUUCUCCAAUAUGGAUCAAACAUUUACUUAUCAGCUUGCCUCUUUUACUUUAACUCCUCUUAAAGGGUCCACCAAUGGAGGUCAGUUGGUGACUUUAACUGGCUCAGGUUUCCUUCAAGGAAAGACUUCAGUGACUAUUUGUGGAUCACCGUGUCAAGAAGUCAGUCUUACAACCUUACAGUAUAUCUGUAAGACAGCAGCUGUAAAUGAUACGCCCAGUUGGUGUGAUGUUGUGGCUGCUGUGGAUAAAGUUUCUCAAACACUUGCCUCUGUGUAUGCCUAUGAUAGUAGCCUGGCCUCCAGUGUUACUUUAGUCAGUCCUUCCAGGGGUGGCACUGCAGGUGGAACUUUAGUGACCAUAACUGGAUCAGGUUUUGGCACAUCAAACGAAAGUUUAUCUGUCAAGAUUGCCGGUGUGAUUUGUGAUGUUCAAUCAGUCAUUAAUUCAGAGAUUAAAUGUAUCACUGGUCCCUCAGCAUCAAUAGUCUCAGAGGUGGAAGUCAAUGUUAACAAUCAAGGCAUCGCUAAACAGGUCAAUGCUCAGUUUGAAUACAUUGAUGUUUGGUCUAAUCCAUUCACUUGGGGAGGACAGCCACAGCCUGAAGAUGGAGAUUUUAUUGUUAUUCCAGCUAAUCAGACCAUUUUACUAGAUACAGAUACAGCUGUUCUUAAGAUGUUACUUAUACAAGGUGGACAACUCAUCUUUGAUGAAGAAAAUAUCGAAUUAAAAGCUGAGAAUAUUCUUAUUACAGAUGGGGGCAUUUUACAAAUUGGUAGUCCAAAUAAACCUUUUCCUGCUAAAUACAAAGCUAUUAUCACAUUGUAUGGACAUUUAAGGUCUAAAGAAAUUCCCAUUUAUGGAGCUAAAACACUUGCAGUUAGAAAUGGAACAUUGAAACUCUAUGGAAGCCCAGUAGAAGUAGUAUGGACAAAAUUAUCCAAAACUGCCACUGCUGGAACCAAGACAAUAGAAUUAGAGCAUUCUGUGGAUUGGAAGGCAGGAGAUCAAAUAGUGAUAGCAACUACUGGAGAGAGACACAGUCAAGGCGAGACGGAAGUUGGAAUCAUUCAGUCUGUUGAAGGGAAUAAAGUUACCCUAGAGAAUGAGCUCAAAUAUGAACACCUAGGAACUGUUGGUCAGUUUGGUAGCCAGACUGUAGAUUUCAAAGGUGAAGUUGGGUUGUUGACCAGGAACAUUUUAAUUCGUGGCAACAGAGAUGUUAGCUUAGACUCCACUAUUCCAGCUUGUCCAGCAGGAUUUAACACAGGAGAGUUUGCUAUCCAAACAUGUUUCCAAGGACGAUUUGGUGAGGAAAUUGGUUCAUCUCAAUUUGGCUCACAAAUCAUGGUUCACCAGCUUGGGAAAGAUCAUCAGGCAGCUCAGGCCCAUAUUCAGUAUGUUGAAAUAACAUUUGCUGGGCAAGCCUUUAGACUUGGGCGCUAUCCUGUACACUUUCAUCUAAAUGGUGACAUGAGCAAGUCAUUUGUCAGAGGCUGUGCUAUUCACACAAGUUUUAACAGAGCUGUCAAUGUACAUGGCUCUCACAAUGCUUUGAUUGAAUAUAAUAUUUUAUACAAUGUCAUGGGUGGUGCUUUCUUUCUGGAAGAUGGAAAUGAAGUGGGCAACAUAUUUCAGUAUAAUAUGGCAAUAUUUGUUAAAUCAUCAACAUCUCUAAGAAAUGAUGACAUCACUCCUGCUGCAUUCUGGGCCACAAAUCCAAAUAAUACAAUAAGACACAAUGCUGUUGCUGGUUCCACACACUUUGGCUAUUGGUAUAGGAUGCACCUCCAUCCAGAUGGCCCAGGGUUUGAUGUCAAUAUAUGCCCACAAGCAGCUCCACUGUUAGAAUUCCGUAACAAUUCAGCACAUUCACUAGGCUGGUUUGGACUCUGGAUUUUUGAAACCUUUGUUCCAAGAAAAGAUGGCAGUUGUUUUUCAAAUUCACCUCAUCAGGUUGCUAUAUUUUAUUCCCUAACUGCUUGGAACUGCCAAAAAGGAGCUGAAGCUGUUAACUUUGGUGCCCUCCAGUUCCACCAGUUUAUUUUGGUGAGCAAUGAGUUAGGUGGCUUUGAAGGAAAGGUCAUUCGUCAGUCUCCUCCACAGUAUGAUAAGGAGGCUGGACCAGGACUCUUUGAUUCUGUUAUUGUGGAUCAUUACAAUAACUUGUUGGCUGUAGGUAGUGGAGCUGGUGUGACACUUCCUCAUCAGACAGGUUUCCUUGUUGAAGGUGUCAAAUUUAUCAACUUCGAUAAGCCAAACAGAGCUGCCUUUAGGUGGGCAGUAAUGGUGGGUGUAUGUCUGUCACAAUGUGUUGGCCCUGCUGUGAGGACAAGAGGUCUGGAAUUUACUGAUUCUCCCAAUAAGGUAUAUUUUGAUUGGGAAUCACAAGGCAUUUUGGUUGAUGAAGAUGGCAGUCUAACAGGAGGAUUAAAUAAUAGUGUUGUUGCCUGUUCACCAUCUUAUGAUUCCAACAAGUGCCAAGAAAAUCUUUCCUUUUCAGGGGGCAACAAUGCUGGAUGCAUUUGUAAUGAGGUCAAAUUCUUUCGGUUUGGUUUCAACAACAUAAACCCUGAAAUUCUGCAGGGAGCAAAUGCUUUGUUCUCAUCCAGCUUUGGAGUAACAUCAUCUCCUUACUUGUUGAAGAGAAUGACCCAUAAAAAUGGAUGGUCAGUCCUAUUAAUGGCCAAUACUUUCUAUAACUUUACAAUUGAGAGAGCUCCGGCUCUUGUAAAUCUCAGUUAUGACAGCACUUUCUACAAUCUGGAUUCAGGUGACUAUGUUGUGUUCAGUCAUAUGAUAGAGCAGCAGCCUGACAGAUUUCACAUUGAUGGUUACACCCAGAUCCCAAUGUCUUCAGAGAUGCUGACAGACAAUAAUUUAAAAUCAGGGCAGUGGUUUUUUAAGGAGACUUCCAAAAUCCUUUAUUAUGCAGUGAAAAGUACAGUGAACUCAGUGAAUUUUCCUGUCAAAUUGCGUAUAAUUCGCUGCUUCUUUCCUGAUUGCAAGAUGCCAGCUAUUACAAAUAUAUUGAGCAUCAGUGAGGAGCGUAGUCUAUGGUCACAUAAAGAAACUUGGCAAAAUAUAACAGUUGAUGGAUUAGAACCUCAAUACUUGAGUGAUUUGACUAUACCAGAAGGUAAAAGGAUUGUAGUGGAUAAGCCAAUCCCCAGGUUAGGACAGCUUAUAAUUAUUGGUGUGCUUGAGUUUUUGGAAAAUGAGAUGAUGAAUGUAGAACUGGAGGCUGAGUGUAUCUAUGUCCUAGGACGUCUUGUGGCUGGAUGGAACAAGACAUCUCCGUUCGAAGGGAAGCUUGUUUUAAGAAUGAGAUCUGGCAAGAUUAUAUGUUCUCAUCCAGUAGAUGGUGGACCCUUUUUAGGUUCAAAGUUUAUAGCCGUCUUUGGAGGUCUUCAGUUACAUGGUAAAGACAGAGGUAUCAUUAAAACUCAUCUUGCCUCAACUGUUGACUCUGGGAAUACAAUAACCAUAACUGAUGCUGUAUCAUGGACUUCUGGUGAUAUCAUUCUGAUCACAACUACAGACUACAAUCCAUGGCACACAGAAACAUUCACUAUUGAUUCUAUAUCAGGAACAAUAAUCACCCUUAAUGAUACUAUCAAAUACAGACACAUUGCUCACAAAGAAACAGUCCAGAGCAAUGUCAUAGAUUUACACAGCAUUGUUGCUUUAUUGAGUAGAAACAUCAAAGUAGAAUCUGAAGAGAAAGACAAUCUGUUUAAUGACUCACUGGGUACAUAUAUUAUAGUUGGUCAGUCAACCUAUAAGGAUCAACAGCUAACUGGUUUUGCUCAAAUCUCUAAUGUUGAAUUUUAUCAUACUGGGCAAGAUGGUUUCAAAGACAAUACUGAUCCACGUUUUUCUAUUGCAUUUGUUGAUGUCAUUAGUUCUGAAGAAAGUCUUAGAUAUUCCUAUGUGAAGACAAGCUCCUUUUACUGUGGCUUUAAUACUGCAAUUGGUGUGUUUGCUGUGAAUGAUCUAGAAAUAGAUAGUAAUAUUGUCUACCACACAGUUGGAGCUGGAAUUCGUACAGAAUCUAUAAUGACUAGAAUUAGUAACAAUUUAAUUACAUUGACUGUCUGGCCUGGAACAUAUAAAGGUUAUGUGCAAGAGACUAUUCCCUUUUUUGAGGGUUCCAUUGAAGCAAUACUAGCUGAAGAUCUUGUCCUUGUCGACAAUUUUGUUGCUGGCUCAGAAAGAAUUGGCUAUCAUUUGAGAGGACAGAGCUGCAAUACAAACAUGUCAUGGGAGAGAAAUGUUGCUAUAGGAACUCUUUUAGGUGUUGCAUCUGUACCCAGUGAUAAUGUUGCUGAUUCAGAAUGUGUUAUGUUCAGUGGAUUCUUACUUUGGAAAAAUUUUGAUUUUGGAAUCUACUACAAUAAUGUCCCUAAUGUAGUUUUAAGAAACAAUGUAUUGGUAGAAAAUGGUGUUAGCAUCCUCACCAUGGUUCUAGGGCCUGACUCACUGAAGCAUGAAUAUUCUAACAAGUUUGCAAACAUUGAUCGUAACAUUGUCAUUGGAAAAACAUCAACUUUUUCUGAACGUCUUGAUUUUCUCAAUGGUACACUAGUACAGGCAAGUGGUACCCUGCGAGGGCAUGGGAAAAGUGCAUGUGGUAAAAUUGGGCUGGAGAUAACCACCUUUUCCAAGUGCUCCAAUAGUGCCCCAUUGAAAGAGUUAGUUGACAGUAAAGACUAUCCAUCUAUUCGAGGAAUCCUAAACCUAUCAAAUAAUGUGUUCGUCAACUUUAAAUCUUGCUCUAGUGGACAGGACUAUAUCAUAGCAACCAAUCCAAAUGAUGAAGAUGCUUGUCACCCAGUGUUGAUUAGAAACUCAACGCUGGUCAAUGUGCAGCACACAUCCAAGAUAUUUCUUAACAAGCCAGACGUGAGUUUAGUCAACCCAUCUGACUGUGUGGACAUGGACUGUGAUGGGCCAAAGAAAUGUUUAAUUCAAGAUCUGGAUGGAACUUUCCUUGGUCACCUUGGCACUGUCCUGCCUAAUUCAGCUUAUGAAUGGAAUGGAGACCCAAGACAUGGACUGGGAGAUUACAGGAUUCCUACAUUAUUGCUGACAAGAUCUGAUGGCAGCAAGAUAGAUGCUAAUACCUUAGCACCCAAGAAAGGUAUUUACAAAACUGAUCAAUGUACAUGGAAUGCUGAAUGGAAUGCCUUUGAAUGUGAUCUAAUAUUUAAAUGGCGUCAAUUAUCCAUUGAAAGUAUGGACGCUGAUACAGAAACCAGAAGACUUAGCCCAGUAGCAAUAUACAAUGAAGAAGGAUACAUAGAUCUUAUAAAUGGACCACAGAGUCAUGGCUGGUGUUCAGGAUACACAUGUACACAACGUUUAAGUUUAUUCCAAGCUAUAGUUUCUCUUGACAAAACAUUUUCUGUGUAUCUAAGUAGCGUGUUUCCCAAAAAGUUACGUUUCAUGCUGCAAGUAUCAGAAGUAAUGGACUGCACUGCCAUUGCCUUGCCAUAUAGUCAUCAAAAUAGAAUGGAGGUGAGAGUCAACAAUAAAUUUGUUAUGCCAACUAAUGGAUACAUAGAUUCAAAGGGCAAUUACAGAUUGCAUUUAGUAUGGGAUAAUCUCACAUUCAUCCCUGAUGUUCAAAAGAAAGUGAAUGGUGAAAGUUUUCUAAGUCAAGAAAAAAGCAUGUUUUACUUCAUUGUGUGUGGAGACUCAGAAAUAACUGUCACACAAGCUCCAGUCCUAGUUCUGAUUCUUACUCUAGCAGCUGUCUCAGAGGAAGAGUUUUUUAGUGAAAAAAUUGUGGAGAAUCUGGCAGCAUUUUUAAAUGUCAAUACUAGCAAGGUGAGAAUAGUUAACGUUGUGAGAAACAAGCCUGUGGUCAGAAGUAAACGAGACACCAGCAAUGUAUCCUAUGUUGUUGAGAUAGCAGACGCACCAAUAGAAGAACCAACUGUUGAUUAUGAUUAUCUAAGCAGCAGAAUUGCCAUUCAAGCACAGCUGGGUAAGUUGAAGGAUGAAUUAAGACUUCCUGUUUUAUCCACAUAUUUCAUUGCACCGGGGGAUAGCACUGGUAAAGUGGUUGAAAUGAAAGUCAUUAAAACAUUGGUUCUUGUAACACAACCAGUAGGUGAUGUAGUCCAAGGAGAAGAAUUCAAAGUCCAACCUCAGUUAAAUGUCCUUGACAUUAAUGGAAAUGCUGUGGACAAUUUGGGAUUUCUAUCAUUAAAAUGGGUUGUUGAGGCUUCUAUUGUAGGGAACGAAAAUGUAAAUGCUACUUUAGUCAACAAUUCAACUGUUUUUGAAGGACCAUGGGCUAACUUCUUUCAAAUGGCAAUUUUGACAAGUGGUGUUUAUACAUUACGAUUCCAAAUCAUAAAUCCACCAGAAGCAUCUCAAUUUUCUGUGCUUUCUAACCCAGUUACGAUCUAUGAGUUUGAAGCACCUUCUUUUGAAACGGUUCCUACUACUCAACCAGAUAUUCAAGUACAUUUAGUGACUACAAAACCUUUAACUAAUGAACCCAUCAUUAUUCAAGUUGUGCUCUUGGACACAUGGGAAAAUAGCAUUUCUUCCUGGAUGAUGAUGUCCUGGACAGUAGAGCUCAGAAUUGUGUCCACAUAUGUUUACAAUGGAUAUCUAGGUGGAUCAUUUAAAGCAUCUAUAGACAAUACCACAGGUCAAGCCACAUUAAAUAUCAUACUUGGAAAACCUGGCCGCUGCCCUCUAAUACUUAAUGUGAAGUCAGAAUCAUAUCUUAUACCAAAGUUAUUCUUUAUGGACAUAAUGACUCUUGAGCAAGCUAAUCUUGUCAUAGAAGAGACUCAUAGGAUUGAGCUCAUGUAUUCUCUGCAAUACAAAGCAGCCCGAGCCCCUUACUGGAGUGCAUAUGUCAGAAAUUACUACAGUCAUUUGUCCUACAUGCGCAUCAUUCAUGAUGAAUUCAAAGAAGGUAGUUUGAUUGUAAUCCUGACAGUAGAGACCAACAGUUCAAGUUUACUUUUGUUCAUGAACAUUCUCUGCAAAGAUUAUCGCAACAAAGUAGAUUUUAACUUCAUUGGCAUACUGGCUAAAAUGUCAGACAAGUUCAAAGUAAAUGGAUCAAUAUCCAAUCACUGUGAUCAGUUUGGGACCAGAAAACAACUUGGCAGGAGUUUUGUCCAUGGUCUCAGUCUUGUUGCUGUAACAGCUAUUGUAGUUGCUUGUGUAGUACUUCUUAUUUUUUUGCUUGCAUUGCCAAUACUGCACAUGAAGAACAUUCUUUUGCCGCAUUCAAGCAAUGAUGAGCAGGAACCUGCCACUGUAAAAAAGGAUGUGAUUGAGAAGCCAUUUCUUAUAUUUGAAGAGCCUGUUAAUGUUAAGCCAAUUAUAGGCAACGAUGAGCAGGAGCCUGCCAGUGUAAAAAAUGAUGUGAUUGAAAGAUCAUUUCUUACAUUUGAAGAGCCAGUUAAUGUAAUGCCAAUUAUAGGCAAUGAUGAGCAGAAACCUGCCACUGUAAAAAAUGAUGAGAUUGAAAGGUCAUUUCUUACAUUUGAAGAGCCAGUUAGUAAUAAGCGAAUGAUAGAUAAGGAGUCUGAAGACGUUUUUAGCAUGAAUGAAACAACCAGUGUAAAUGAAGUCAAAAGUCAAACAUCCACACUCAUUUUAUAAAGUUUAUAUGAAAUAUAAGGUGGUCUACAUUUCUGAAAGUUUACUAAAAGUUAAUUGUGUUGAAUUUCAAGUAUGACACAAAUGUACAGAUAACAUGUUACUUCUGAAUAUGAUUCAUAUCAAAUGUACAGAUAUGUUACUUCUGAAUAUUAUCCGAAUUAAAACUACAGAUAACAUGUUAUUUCUGAAUAUCAUUUUAAUAAAAUCUACAAAUAACAUGUAUUUCUAAAUAUCAUUU